UGUUCUAACACUUAUUGUGUAUGUGUGUCGUGGUCAGAGGAGAGCUAGCAGGAGUUGGUUCUCUUACCAUGUGGGUCCCAGGGACGGAACUCCGGUCAAAACUGUUUGGCAGCCUUUACCCACUUUAGCUACUUAAAGUCAUUGUGUUUUCCCUGGGAGUCCAGACAUCACCUCUUUUAGUCUCCCUACCCCAGAUUCUUAGACAUCCAACGUGUCCAUAUGAUCAUCCUGUGUGCCCCACCUGCAAGGUUUCUGUUUCCAGCCAUCCCUACUUGCUACAUGCUGGUGCUCAUCCCUGCCGACCUCUUAGGGUUUUUGCCCCUUGCUCUGACUUCCUUGCAGUUCUUGCUCUCUUGCCGACCCCACUAGGUAAUUCUUGGUCCUGUCCAAAAUGGGACACUUCUAUUCCAUUGAGUAAAAGAGUCCCUCUUGUCCUUCCCCAGGAUGAUACAUGAACCCUGUUUUCUGCCCCAUGCUCAUGUAUAGCUGGCAUUCCAUGUGGAAGUCACUCAGCCUAUCAUAUUUGUAGCAGCUGAGAGACUGAAUGGGUGGAGAUGGAACUCAAGAAUGCUUGUCUGUUUCACACAAGAACCUUAGGUUCUGUCCUAGCACCAUGUGGACUGGGUUUGGUACUUGCCUAUAUUUCCAGCAUUUGGGAGAUGGAGAAAAGGAAUUAAACCUCCCCAAGGUUGCAGACGCUGACGGAUUUGCCCCAGAGUCGAAGUAGCUGCCACCUGGAGAUUCCACAGCCAUGAGUGGGUUUAACUUUGGAGGCACCGGGGCUCCUGCUGGCGGCUUUACAUUUGGGACUGCAAAGACUGCGACCACCACACCUGCCACUGGCUUUUCCUUCUCUGCUUCUGGCACCAGCACUGGAGGGUUUAAUUUUGGGACUCCCUCCCAGCCAGCUGUGACCACCCCUUCCACCAGCCUCUUCUCACUCACCACACAGACCCCAACCACACAGACUCCAGGAUUCAACUUUGGAACAACACCUGCUUCUGGAGGAGCAGGCUUCUCCCUGGGGAUCGGCACCCCAAAGCUCAGCUUGAGUAACACAGCUGCCACACCAGCCACAGCCAACACUGGCAGCUUUGGGCUUGGCAGCAGCACCCUCACCAAUGCCAUCUCAAGUGCCAACACCUCCAGCCAGGGGACAGCCCCCACUGGCUUUGUCUUUGGCUCUUCUACCACCUCUGCUCCAUCCACCGGCUCCACGGGGUUCUCAUUCACCAGUGGCAGUGCAUCCCAGCCUGGAGCCUCUGGCUUCAACCUUGGCUCUGUGGGUAGCUCCGCCCAGCCCACAGCACUGUCUGGCUCUCCCUUCACUCCAGCCACUCUGGUGACCACUACAGCAGGAACUACACAGCCAGCUGCUGCUGCUGCGCCCACUGCUGCCACCACCAGUGCAGGGUCUACACUCUUUGCUUCCAUAGCUGCUGCUCCUGCCUCAUCCAGUGCUACAGUGCUCUCCCUCUCAGCUCCUGUGACAACUGCAGCCACUCCUAGUGCUGGGACUUUGGGCUUCAGCCUCAAGGCCCCUGGAGCUGCUCCUGGUGCCUCCACCACCAGCACCACCACUACCACUACCACCACUACUACCACCGCCGCCGCCUCCUCUACCACAACCACUGGCUUUGCCUUAAGCCUGAAACCCCUGGUGCCAGCUGGCCCCAGCAGUGUGGCAGCUACUGCUCUGCCUGCCUCCAGUACAGCAGCUGGGACUACCACAGGUCCAGCGAUGACCUAUGCACAACUGGAAAGCCUGAUCAACAAGUGGAGUCUGGAGCUGGAGGACCAGGAGCGGCACUUCCUGCAGCAGGCCACACAGGUCAAUGCCUGGGACCGCACACUGAUUGAGAAUGGGGAGAAGAUCACCAGUCUGCACCGAGAGGUAGAAAAGGUGAAGCUGGAUCAGAAGCGGCUGGACCAGGAGUUGGACUUUAUCCUGUCACAGCAGAAGGAGCUGGAAGACCUCCUGAGCCCAUUGGAGGAGUCAGUGAAGGAGCAAAGUGGUACCAUCUACCUUCAGCACGCUGAUGAGGAGCGUGAGAAGACCUACAAGCUGGCUGAGAACAUCGAUGCUCAGCUCAAGCGUAUGGCACAGGACCUCAAGGACAUUAUUGAGCACCUAAAUAUGGCUGGUGGCCCCGCAGACACCAGUGACCCACUGCAACAGAUCUGCAAGAUCCUCAAUGCACACAUGGACUCUCUUCAGUGGGUGGACCAGAGCUCUGCCCUGCUACAGAGGAGGGUGGAGGAGGCCAGCCGUGUGUGUGAGGGCCGGCGCAAGGAACAGGAGCGCAGCCUGCGCAUUGCCUUUGACUAGCCACACAUGAGUGGAGGGAGGGGCUCCUUGGGUUACAGGGCUGCUGGCUUUCAGGUGGUUGUGUUGUUGAGAAAAUGCUCUUUGGUUUGAUUCCCUGUUAUCAGAAGUUUUUUGCAAAGGCAUGAUGUUCAUGGAUAUAACCUGUGUGCUCUGGAAACAGGUGUGAAGGUCACUGAACUCUAGGCCAGCAUUUAAAGAAUGAGGGCAAGUGGUGAGUCCAGUGCUCCCUUGCAGCUUCAGUUCUCCUGUUGGCCAAGCUCAUCCUUCAGCCACUCCAAUACAACUGUGACAGUGGGAUAGGGUGCUCCAGAGGACAUGCUGGCCAAGAAACUCACCUGGUAUGGAGACAUGGCUUCUGUGCUUCUCUAGCUCCAUCUAACCCAUGUCCUCCAGAGCCUCUGCCACACAAAGCAGAGUCACCAAGGCACACUGAACUUAACACCACUUUUGCACUGGCUACCUCUCACCCCUAUCUUGUGAGUUUCUGUGGCGGGGACUGACUGCUGAUGUGUCUAUAUGUCUUUGAGGGCAAAAUGGCUAGAGAUUUGCUUCAAAAUAUCCCAGUGUCAAACCUAUCUUAGGUCCACAGUGUUGAAGGCCGGCAGUCUUGUCUGGUCUAUUUUAUUUCUCUGCACUCUUCUGUAGCCUUUGUGGUCCCUGAUCGAAAUGUCGCUUUUCUAAAUAAAGAAAAAUUUGUGAAAUCA